AUGGCGAAAUUGGAUUGUUCCAUCACUUUUCUGGCACUAUUUUUCGCCGCAGGACUGCUUUUUGUACCGGCACUUUCAGAGGAUAUAGCCCCGUCACCCAAGUCCGAGCAUCAUAUAGUCGAUGAGGAAUUCUUUCAAACUUGCGUCCAGAAAGUUAACGGGAGAUGCAGCAUUGAAGUGCUGGGAUACCUUUUAGCUCCCAAAAAUCAGCUCAACGUGAGUCGAGAUUGUUGUUUGAAAAUAAUAGAGUCCGGGAUAGACUGUCACCAUAUUUUGGUGGAUGUCGUUUUGUCAAUGAGACAGUUAGAGGCAUAUGAACCUGUAGCCCACAGCAAAAGCAAGGAAGUAUGGAACUAUUGCAUAACGAAUUACGGGAAGGAAGCCCAUGCUCCGAUCUCUCUUGACAAAUGA